AUGGCAGGUGAAUCGGGACCUGUCGAGGUAUCUCGGCCGAUCGCAAUGGUAAUUGCAGGUCUCUUUGCCCUGGCAUGUUGGAACGUGCUCCAAAUUCUCGUUUCCAUAUUCAAUACCUUUAAACGCCGUCACGGCCUUUACUUCUGGAGCAUGGUGAUCGCUACCUUGGGAAUUCUUGUCCACGCUCUUUCGACAUUUCUUCGUUUCUUCAAUCUUGCUCCCAAUUUCCCGAUGUGUGUUUUGAUCUGCAUCAGCUGGUAUUCUAUGGUUACUGGACAGUCUGUGGUACUAUACUCACGGCUACAUCUGGUCACAAACUACGAUUCCUACUCCCGCUGGGUGCUAGGCAUGAUCAUCUUCAACUUCUGCGUCCUGCAUAUCCCUACCACUGUUCUUUUCCUUGGGAUUAAUCUUGAUGUCGAAAGCUUUGUUCGUCCAUUUGAUAUAUACGAGCGUGCCCAAUUGGCUGGUUUCGCCGCCCAAGAGACGAUUAUUAGUGGUUUAUACAUCUGGGAGACUAUGACCAGCCUGAAACCUGUUUUAGCGAUGAAGGGUCAUCGGGGUCAGACAGUCGUUACCAACCUUAUCGUCGUCAACACUCUCGCAGUUCUAUUGGACGCAGCCCUCUUGGCAACAGAGUAUACCAACCACUUCGACGUACAGACUACUCUCAAGCCAGUCGUCUACAGUAUAAAGUUGAUGAUAGAGUUCACAGUACUCAACAGUUUGCUUCUUGUGAUCCGCGCAAAUCCAUCGGCUAUUGAAGACAUCGAACAACUACAUGAUGACCUUCACAUCGACACAGGAUGGAGUGGGACGAACCCCAUCGGCGAUGUAGGAAAGUCCGAUCAAGAUCAAGGGGUUCAAAUAUCACCUGCAAGAUCAGUCCCCUCUUGGGUUUCGUUCGACCGUCAGGUCAAGCCCGCUUGA